GCCCCCAUUUCGCGCCUUUUGUUUGUCAAAAACAUGUCUACCGAUUGUUGCGAGAUGUAGGCAAGUUUUUUCGUUUAAAUUUAGUGCCAUAUUGUUAUCACCUCAUUUUUUGUUAUUGUACACCUUUACUUAAGUAUGUUGGAAGCCACAGACCUGCCCCUGACUCAGACCCAAACCGACGAGCCCUCUCAGGAGCUGGGGGAGGUGAAACGACCAUGGGGGCGGUUGUGCGCCUGUAUCUCGACAAUGGUGUCGAUUGACUUGUUCGAGCCGGUGUACACUUUUGGACGAGCCCCCAGUUGCAAUAUUUUCGUUGACGAAAGUCAGUUUCCCACGAUUUUGAACGUUAGCAAGCAACAUUUUCGGCUAACGAAGGACGAGGAGGGUCUCGUGUUUCUCACAGACCUCAGUAAGAAUGGCACUUUCGUUAAUAGAACGAAAAUAGGCAGAAAUAACGAAUGUGUCAUUUACAACGAGGAUAUUAUAGCAAUAGGGAGCCCCAGUACCAGAGUCUACAGUUUUAUCAGUGACAUCAAUCGCGACGAUUAUGAGUUCCUACCUCAGGAGUUGCGGCUAAAAUACACCACCACGAAGCUCUUAGGACGUGGUUCCUUCGGCCAAGUCCGUCUAGCCCUUGAUAAGCAAACUCGGGAGCAAUUCGCAAUCAAACGAAUUGAUAAAUCAAGGUCUAGUGUCUCAACACGCCGGGGAAACAACAUAAGUGGCAUUAAAACGGAAGUUGAGAUACUGAGUUCGUUCUCUCAUGCUUUUAUUAUCCAAAUGAGGGAGGUUUUUGAGACUGAUGACGAGGUGUUCCUAGUUUUAGAAUACAUGAGUGGGGGCGAACUCACAAGUCGGAUUCGUUCGACUUUGGCGUUCCCCGAAUGCGAGGUGAAGUUUAUUUUUUACCAAAUCUUACUAGGUGUGAGGUAUUUACACUUAAACGGGGUGACACACAGGGACUUGAAACCUGAAAACGUACUUCUGAGUACGCAAAACCAAUACCCGAGAGUGAAAAUCUCCGAUUUUGGUUUGAGCAAGAUCAUGGACGAUAUCAGCGUGAUGGAGACGGUCUGUGGGACCGUCCAGUACGCGGCACCAGAAGUAUUAAGGUUCUUUGAGCCCUAUAGCCGGAAAGUGGACGUUUGGAGCCUCGGAGUGAUUCUGUUUUAUAUGCUGAGCCGGACGCAGCCCUUUGUUGGUUCAAGUAGGGAAGAAGUCGCUAAAAAUAUAGUGAGUGGCAAAAUAACUUGGGACCCUAAAGCUUGGAGAAAUGUGUCAUUGCCGGCGAAAAAUCUCGUGAAAUCUAUGAUCACGGUGGACUCAACUUGUCGUUAUUCCAUUGUAGAUAUUUUUAAACACGACUGGGUGGCAAAGGAUCACGAAACCAGAAGAAAUGUGGAAGAAUUGGUGCAAACUUUCGAAGAAAAUAACGAUUCGGGUGACAAUCUCGUAAUACCAAAGAGACGAAGAAUCUCUUUCGUUUAAUCUUUACAUAGUAUUACCACUUGUUUUUUUUGUUAUAUGUUUUGUAUUUUUUACGUUUUUACUUUUUCAUUCAAUAUACUAUUAUUUACCUAAA